AUCGCAGACACAGCGCCGAUAUCUAAUCUUAUCAGAUGAUCAAAUAAUUUGGUCUUCCAUACAUACACGAUGAUGGUGGGGAGGGGGGCGUCCAGGUUUUCUCUCCCCUCCCCGAUACCGCCAAGAUGUGAUUUGAAAUUUUCCUUUCGUAGGCAAUGGAAUGUUCCUCUUCAGAGAUUUGUUGUCGUCCGACCGCCUUCUGUUCUUGAUACACGCACUUAACUACUGCUGAUUUCGCAUGCUUUGGGCCGCCGCUGAGGCGAUUAAAGUUGAUUCGUAAUGGACGAACUCCUGCAGAAGGUGAUUGGCCAUGAGCACUUUCGCAAAAUUGCUCUGGCCAUCGUCUUCUUCGCCGUCGCUGGUGUUCUGCUCUACCGGGCUUUCUUUCCUAUACGUUAUCCGGCAGACCUGCCACGCCUUGGAAAAGAUGAGGGAAUCUCGUGGCGCGACAUGAGGAAGAAGUUCCAGACGGACUGCACGGCGGUUUUCGAAGAAGCAUACGAAAAGUACUCCAAGAGGGGCAAGACGGUACUGAUCCCGGUGUUCGGCCCCCACGACGAAGUCAUCCUACCGCCGAGUGCAUUGCACUGGCUAUGCAAGCAACCGGACAAUGUGGCGAGUUCGCUUGCUGCGCAGAUUGAUUCAAUCCAACCCCACCACAGUUUAGGCCACAAGUUCGCCCACGACCCAUGGGGCGGAAUGCUGAUUAAGACGGAUCUGAACAGCGCAUUGGAGGCGGUCUGUGCCGUCAUGAACAACGAGCUGGGCGCCGCUUUUGAUGCUGUCUUUGGAACGGACACGGAAAACUGGAAAGAAAUCGAGCUCUUCCCAGCCUGUCGCAUAAUAGGGGGCCGCGCUACUUUGCGCUUCACCCUUGGUGACUCCCCUGAAGGACGGCGACUCUGCAAAGACGAGGAGUUUGUCCAAAGCUGCUACAAUGUCUUGGACGGCAUGCUCGACACGGCCGGCGACAUGGCCGCGGCUCGUAAAUUCCUCCGACCCAUCCUCGGUCUUUGGGCAAGCAGGAACAUGCCCGCGAAGCUCAAGGAUCUCCAGACGCGCUUCGAGCCCUUGUACCGCGAAAGAAUGCAAAUCCUCGAGCAACAGGCCACCAACAAGGAGAUGAAGGUCCCCCAGGAUGUCAUUCAGAUGAUGUUGCAGUACGCCAUCAAGGAGCGCCGCGAAGAGGCCCUCAGCGUCGAGGACAUGACGAAGCGUCUCGCCAUGUCCAACUUCGGAACUAUGCACCAGACCAUCAUCACGGUGCACAACCUGUUUCUGAACGUUCUCGACUCGGACCGCGAAUUCAACACCAUGUCGGUUCUUCGCGACGAGGUGGCAAGGAUCAUUGGCGACGAAGGCGAGAUGCGUGAAAAGCACUGGACCAGGGCCAAAGUCUCGUCCAUGACUAAAGCUGACAGCGUCACCCGCGAGACCCUCCGUAUCAACUCUUUCAUCGGUCGCACCGUACAGCGCCUCGUCGUUGCACCCGGAGGUCUGGUAACAGAGGACGGUAUCCAUCUGCCCCAGGGCACCAUGGUGUCCAUUCUGGCCCACCAGUCGCAAACCGACGGUGAGACGUUUACGGAUCCCUUCAAAUACGACCCCUGGCGUUUCUCCCGUCCUCGCGAAGCCGCCGCCGACAAGGUCACUGGCAAGCCGGGGUUGAACAACCUGAGUUUCGUGUCGACGUCAUCCGACUACCUGGCUUUCAGCCAUGGCAAGCAUGCCUGUCCCGGCCGCUUCCUUGUGGACUUCGAGCUCAAGAUGAUUAUGGCUUAUGCUGUCAUGAACUACGACAUCGAAUUCCCCGAGAGUUACGGCGGCAAACGACCCGCGAAUACCUGGUUUGUCGGCUUUGGCAUUCCCCCGCUGGAUGUUAAGGUUAGGGUCAAGAGGAAGAAGACUGCAUAGCUGAUGAGGUAGGCGUGGGUUUUAUCUAAUUUGGUGCUCUCUGCCGGUGGUAGAAGAGGGGACAUCUUCUAGCGAUAUAAAGCAGGGUAAAGGAGCAUUGUGGUUUGACCCCGAAUUCCUGAUAGGGGAGUGGCGUAGUCACUUUUCUUUCAGGAUAUAACGGCGAAUAACUACAUGUGGAUUUCCCGAAACUUGGAGUAGCCUUCACGGACGACGAGAAGAUUGGUGGUUAAUGUACAUAUUCGCCCUGGUGCGAGGAGAAAGAGGUAUAUAACAAGAAUAAAACGCUCGUUGAGACUCGAACGGAAAUUCCCUCCUGCUCAGUCGAUGCGCGCGUCUAUCAAUGGUAUACCCCUGGACAACAUGAAUUUUCGCAGUUCUCGAAGACUCGGCGUUCUCGGCUCUCUCUACUGUCUUUCUUUCGCCGUGGUCUAGUGAGAAAAUCAAGGCCACUACGUUCCGACCUCGCUCGCAAAAGGGGUGGAGCAGAAAAUU